UACGCCAGCGAAGCGUGGGAUCCACUCUCAGAUCGCGUACCCGUACAUACCUGGUUGCAUCCAUGGUUGCCUUGGUUUUCCUCCGGUCCUUCAUCUAGCCUGGUAAGCUCUACGUCAUAUACGGCCAACUCAAUGCAAAUAGAUCGUCUCGAGACCGUCCAUUCUAUUGUGCGCACAAAGCUAGCUUCCUGUCUAUCAGCCUGGCACCCGAGUGACGCUUCAGCGCAUGCUGUACUCUUGCCUUGGCGCGGAGUUUUUUCGCCAGGCGAAAUGGCUGCUUUCCUUCAGCGGCAUAUUGUUCCCAAGUUAAUUGUUACUCUACAGAACUUUCAGGAUUUAGAUUUAUUUGGCCUCUUCACGCCCAUCCUAACCCACUUGGACUAA